GGCUUAACUUCUUAGUCUCAUCUCAACCCUCUCUGUUUCUGCAUUACUCCUCUCUGUACCACAUUUGCUUUCAUCAAAAUGGCUGUAUUCCUUUUCUUUCUCUUCUUUCUAAUCUCAUCUGCAACUGCUUGUGAUCGUUGUCCGCAUCAAAGCAAGGCUGCAUAUUUCUCUAAAGCCUCUCAACUUUCUUCUGGGGCUUGUGGGUAUGGUUCUUCAGCAAUUGGUUUCAAUUCUGGACACCUUGCAGCUGGUGUUCCUACUCUUUUCAAAGGGGGAGCUGGUUGUGGUGCCUGUUUUCAGAUAAGAUGCAGAAACAAGACCAUGUGUAGUAGCAAAGGCACUACAGUGAUUUUGACUGAUCUCAAUCACAAUAACCAGACAGAUUUUGUUCUUAGUAGCAGAGCUUUCAUGGCCAUGGCCAACAAGGGCAUGGGCCAAGACAUUUUGAGACUUGGGAUUGUCGAUAUUGAAUAUAAAAGGGUACCAUGUGUGUACAAAAACCAGAAUUUGGCAGUGAGAGUUGAAGAAUCAAGCCAGAAACCAAAUUACUUAGCCAUCAAAGUGUUAUAUCAAGGUGGGCAGACAGAAAUAGUAGCAAUGGAUGUAGCACAGGUUGGGUCAUCAAAUUGGAGUUACAUGAGCCGAAACUACGGGGCGGUAUGGGACACAAGCAGGGUUCCAGGAGGGGCACUGCAGUUCCGGUUUGUGGUGACUGCAGGGUACGAUGGGAAAUGGAUUUGGGCAAAGAGUGUUCUUCCAGCGGACUGGAAGCCAGGAGUUGUGUAUGACUCAGGGGUCCAAAUCAGUGACAUUGCCCAGGAAGGCUGCUCUCCAUGCGAUGACGAGAUUUGGAAAUGAGGCUUAAUAAAUAACACAUACACACACACACUGAGACACGCUAAUGAUUUUUUUCUUUUCUUUUUUUGCUUUUGGCCUUUUUUGAGUAAUUCACAAGUCAGAAUACAUGAUGAUGAUAUAUGUAGAAUAGAGAGACUUUGAUCAAUAACUUACAAACAUUAUGUAGAUUUGAAUGUGAAAUAGAAAAGUCCUCUAUUUUUAUUGUGUUGUAUCUUUUCAACAAUAUCUGACAUAUAUUCCUUUCCUAUCAAAGUAAAUAAAACUGUUACUCUUCAAUUC